AUGUCAUUGAAGGAGAUAAAAGAGGAAGACUUUGAUGAUUUCCUCCAAGAGUAUUUACGGCAAACACAAGAGGAUGAUGCAACCAGUCCACCAUCCUGCAAAGAAGAGAAGUGUUUCAUAGAGGGAAUGAAAGUGGAAGAAGAGACUCAUCUCAUGGAGGACAGUCAUGGUGGUAUAAUGUCCACCAGUAAGGCAGCAGAACCAUCCCAACUGGCCAUGUCUACGAAGGAGAUUAAAGAAGAAGACUUUGAAGAUUUUUACCAAGAUUACUUGCGGAGAACACAAGACCCACCACUGUUUAAAGAAGAAAUAGGUUUGUCACUGCAAGAUUCUGAUUCAUCCAUGGGUAAUAGAAUGGAACAAGAUACCUAUCUGAUAAAGAACGGUGACAUGAACCCCACAGAAAAGCAAUUGCAAAGUACCACAACUGGACAGACCUUUCAACAGCAACUCAGACAAAACCAGACAGUUCAUACUGGAGAAAAGCGACACCAGUGCAUCCAAUGUGGAAAGGCCUUUUUAUAUGCAUCUCACUUGAGGACACAUCAGAUGACUCAUACUGGUGCAAGGCCACACCUCUGCACCACAUGUGGAAAAGACUUUCCAGAUGCAACUCAGUUAAGGGUACAUCUGAGGAUGCAUACUGGUGAAAAGCCUUAUACAUGUACAGCAUGUGGAAAAUCUUUUACACAACAAGGUAAUCUUCAGCAGCAUCAGAGGAUCCAUACUGGGGAAAAGCCUCAUGAGUGUGCAACAUGUGGAGAGGAAUUCAGACAUGCACACUCUUUAAGGAGACACCAAAUGAGGAGACACACUGGUGAAAAGCCUUAUGAGUGUGCAUCAUGUGGGAAAGCUUUUGCAGAAAAGUGUACUCUUCAUAGACAUCAGCAAAUCCAUACUGAACAAAAGCCCCAUCAGUGUGCCACAUGUGGAAAGGCAUUUACACAAACGGCAAAUCUGAAAAGGCAUCAGAAGAUCCAUACUGAACAAAAGCCUUACCAGUGUGCCACAUGUGGAAAGGCCUUUGCACGAAAAUGUCAUUUAAUUGUACACGAGAGGACUCAUUCUGGACAAAAGCCUUACCAGUGUGCAACAUGUGGAAAGGCCUUUGUAAAAUCAGAUAAUUUAAUCGCACAUGAGAGAACUCAUUCUGCAGAAAAACCUUACCAUUGCAGCACAUGCGGCAAGGCCUUUGCACAAUUAGGGUAG